AUGGUAAUACAAGUUUAUGAGACACAUUCCCAGCAUCCCAACUUCAAUAGGAGGACCCUGAACAACGACAUCAUGCUGAUCAAGCUCUCUUCCCCUGUGACCCUCAAUGCCAGAGUGGCCACUGUGGCUCUGCCCAGCUCCUGUGCACNUGCNGGCACUCAGUGUCUCAUCUCUGGCUGGGGCAACACUCUCAGCUUCGGUGUCAGUGAACCAGACCUGCUCCAGUGCCUGGAUGCCCCACUGCUGCCUCAGGCUGACUGUNAAGCCUCCUAUCCUGGAAAGAUCACUGAUAAUAUGGUCUGUGCUGGCUUCCUAGAGGGAGGCAAGGAUUCCUGCCAGGGUGAUUCUGGUGGCCCUGUGGUCUGCAAUGGUGAGCUCCAGGGCAUUGUCUCUUGGGGCUAUGGCUGUGCUCUGCCAGACAAUCCUGGUGUGUACACCAAGGUCUGCAACUAUGUGGAUUGGAUUCAGGACACAAUUGCUGCCAACUAG